AUGCUGCUUCUGCUGGUGGUGGUGCUGGUACUGCUAGUGACACUUGGAGUGUUGGUGGUGCUGGUGGCUUUUGCGCUGUUAGCGCUGCUUCGUGCAGGUAGGGGAGACGAAGUGGCAGCCACUGUGUGGAAACUGAGUCUGGUCUGUGUCGAUUGGACAACAGGACUGUUGCGUAAGUACUGCAAUCGAGGACCCAAUUGGCUGGAAAGUGCUCCAGAAACUGGAGGGUACACAGGCGGUUACGAAUGUCCGGCAAGAGGAGUCGAAAAAGAGAUUGAGGUCUGUCAAAGAUAUUGA